CUGCUCACAGAGGUCAGUGUGACGGCCAAAAUCCUCCAUCACUCUCUGAAACAGUGAAAGGAAGCGCAGACGGCUGGAGGAGCAGGGCCGGAUGUUUCUUUCACCUUCCACACUUAACACAAUGAAGGAACUGAGGACGAAGUACGAAGUAAGAGAGGCUGAAGGAGCCCACAUUUAAUCCCCUCAUGAUGGCGUUUCUGCAGCAGAUGCGUUCCCCUCGCCUCUCCUUUAUCCAGACGGUUUUGUCUCUCUUUCUGGGCGGCAUGGCCCUCAUGUCCUCCUACUGGUGCGUGGGGCAGCAGAAGGUGCCAAAGCCGCUUUGUACGCCCACCAAGCACAGCAACUGCAUCCCCGUUCCCGGCGUCUCCAACUCCAACAUCCAGUUCUCCUGGGAGACGGGUGACGACCGCUUUGUCUUCCCCACCUUUCAUACUGGCCUGUUCCUGACCUGUGAGGAGAACAUCUACACAGACGCAUGGGAGGAGAAGUGUCGAGGGUUUUAUACUUUGACUCCAGGAUCUGAAAAAGCGAUGAUGUGGCUGUCACUAUCGUUGGAGCUCAUGUACAUCGGUCUGCUGUUAAUCAGCUGCAUGCUGCUGUCUGUGCAGUUGUGUAUCAGGGCCUGGUUCCCUUCCACGCAACGCUGGGGCCAGCUGCUCAACUCUUUUGCUGCUGUCUUCACAGUCCUGGGAGGUCUGCUUGGGAUGGUGGGCCACAUGAUGUACAUGCAGGUGUUUCAGACCACUGUCUCAAUGGGACCAGAAGACUUCAAGCCUCAUAGCUAUGGCUACUCAUGGGCGUUCUAUGUGGCCUGGUUUGCCUUUACUGUCUGCAUGUCUGCCGGUGUCUCCACUCUGAACAACUACACCAAGAAGGUCCUGAUGGUGGGGCCCAGACGUAACUCCGGCCUCAACGCCUGCAGCUUUAACUUUGUGGGGCUCCUUCCUCCGGCUCCUUAUUACACCCCUGCGAACCCAGCCAUCACCCUGGCCUGUCCCCCAUCUCCCCCCAGGAUCUCUCACCUGUCUCCCUACUACGAGCCCCCGUCCGCAGCGUUACCGGCCCACACGCCGAGGCUCACGCACUCCCACUCCCUGCCUCUCCCCCACUCUGACUCCUUCCCUCCACCCCCUUCCCACCCUGCACCUGCAUCCCCGUUCCACCGCCUCUCCCUGCCCUCUCCGUCUCCAUCGCCCAUCCCGCCCGUCCACAUGACCCUGCCAGGACACCAGAACCGCUACGAGCCGGAGGAGGACUACAGCCCACUUUGAACUACUGUAUAUAUCCAGACUGGAGUCUUUCUAUGAGGACCUGUGCCUAUCUUGAGUUCAAUGUUUGGUCUCGUCAUGUGCUCUGAAUUUACAUGUUCUCAUAAAGAAAUAAAAAUAAAAAUAUAUACAUCUUA